CUCAACACCACCAGCUACUCGUACGAGAUCACCAUCGACGGCACCACCGUCUUCGACGUUGCUCGCGAAACCAACCGCGGCGUCUGCGACAUCGGCCGCCAGAACCUCAUGGCGGACGUGACCAUCGUCCCCAACGUGGGUGAGUCAUUCAUCAUCCCCGGCGAGGUCUGCGAGCCCGACAACACCUCCUGUAUCCUACCCGACACCAACACCACCCGCACCUGCAUCUACGGCGGACCUCGCCUCUACUACACCGUCCGCGGCGACACCUACGAGGUGAUUGCCCGUCGGUUGAACAUCACCGUCGAAUCGCUGAUGCACGUGGACGGACCUUCCAACGAGACCCUCGUCAACCCUACCUCGCCCACCGCCGAACUCAACGUCGGUCAGUUUAUCAAGGUCCCCCAGUGUGAUCCCAGUCAGUGUAUCCUCCAGCCAUACCAGUUUACCUGGGGCGUGUACAAGGAUCUGGCGGAGCGGUACGAUACCACUGUCGGCCAGAUCAUGAUGUUGAGUCCGACCUACAACUACAGCAGUCUGGCUUUUUCUGCGGAGGGAGAGUUUCCUCCU